AUCACAAGACCUGCUUCUGCCAGAGGGAGUGGGAGCAGCAGCUGCUGCAGUUCCUGGAAGACCUUCUCUUCUUCAUCUCGGACCACACCUGGCUGGGCUGUUUCAUCACUAGUAUCAGGCGCCAGCUGGCCUACGGUGAUAAGCGGCCCGGUGACACGAGCUUUCUCUACAAGUGCUGGGGCACCGUGCUGAUGUUUUUUCCAGCAGAGAGCAUCAAGCCCCAGCUAUGGCUUCUGGUGGAGAUGGUCGAUUUCCGAGAAGAAGAGGAAAGAGAGGGAUUCGCCCGAGCGCUUGGGCUGUGUGCCAGGCAACAGCUAUAUGAGGUUUUCGCCAUCCUGGAGCACUGGGAAGAGUUUGUCAGCAGGGUGCAGCUCCAGCCUUCUGCCGGUGGCUCUCUGGAGGAGCCAGCUUCCACUGAGCAGCUGAGAAGCCUCCUGCUCCUCACCUAUGGGCACGUGGUCCACUCACGCCCCACGGAUCUCAUCCUAGAGACCAUAGGCUUCAAUAUCCUGGCUCCCAUGUGA